AAGUCAUCACUGCGCAUGCGUCAGUUUGACCGGUCGCGUGCCUUCCCGGCUGACACCAACACUGUGGCUUUAACAACAACAGAGAAACAGUCGGUUUCAGUCAGCCAGCAGAUCUGUUGGGACUCAGUUUCUGUCUGGUUCACAAUUAUGAAAAACCUACAUUUCAAGGAUUUCUUCUGGAACGCUGACUUGACCUCCACUGCUGGCUAUGAUGCUGUCAUCCAGUAUCUAAAUGAUGGCAAGAGGACAUGCAAGGAGGUGGAAGAGUUCAUGAAAGCCAGGGCAUCAAUUGAAGAGAAGUAUGCCAAAGAUCUUCUUGGUUUAUCCAAGAAGGUGUGUGGACACAAUGAGAUGAACACAUUAAAAAAAUCCCUGGAUGUUUUCAAAUUACAGACUGAACACGUGAGUCUGUCACACUUGCAGCUCGCGCAGAGUAUGAGAGAGGAAGUCAAGAAACUGGAAGAAUUCAGAGAAAAACAAAAGGAAAUGAGAAAGAAGAUAGAGCAACAAAUGGAUGCUCUCCACAAGCAGAAGUCUUCGCAGUUCAAAAAGACAAUGGACACAAAGAAGACGUACGAGCAGAAGUGCAGGGAUAAAGAAGAAGCAGAUCAGAAUGUGAACCGAAACACCAACACCAACAACACCAAGCACAUAGAGAAGCUCUAUGCAAAAGCGCAGCAAGCGAAACAGAAUGCAGAAGAAGCAGACAGGUUGUAUCAGCAGAGUGUGACUGCAAUGGGCAAGGUUAGAGAUGAAUGGCUGAAGGAACACAUCAAGGCCUGCGACACGUUUGAAAAACAGGCAGUGGAGCGUAUUAACUUUCUGAGAAACACAGUUUGGACUCACCUCAACCAGCUAUCCCAGCAGUGUGUGACCAAUGACGAGCUGUAUGAGGAAGUGAGGAAGUCACUGGAACAGUGCAAUGUCCAGGAAGAUAUUGAACACUUUGUAAACCUCAGACAGACCAGUGACAAACCGCCAGCUCCUGUUUUGUAUGAGAACUUCUACAGCGGCCAGAGGUCUCCAACUGGAGCUCCGCCCUCUCGACUGCCCCCACCGAUCAUGAGGAGGGGGCCUUUACCUGAUCCAACAAACAGCAGGCCUGAUACAGUCUACUCAACGGUGCAGGAUGCAGGAUACAGCGUGAUCCAGUACUAAGAGGCAGAUCAGCUGGUGGAGCCACCGCACAGCUUUGUCGUGGACAUGAAGCUUACAGAUCUCAUCACUUUCUCCUUUGUGAUUUCUCGUAAAAAUGGGGUCACACCAGAUGGAACUGAGUGUCAUAACCGUGCACAUGCGUGUAUUUAUAUGAGGCCGCACACGUCACAUUGUUAUAAACAGAACAAUAAACGUUAUUAUUUUAUUCUGACUAUUUUAAAAAUUUUUAAAAAACAGGCUAAAAUGUGCAAUUUGGCUCAGUAUGUUGAUGAAACGGACAUUCUGUAAAAUUAGAUAAUAAAUGAAUGUGUAACAGGAACAUCCAGCUCAUUAGUGAACAGUUCGCCUAAAACUGAAAAUUCAGUCAUUAUCUACUCACCCGCACACCCAUGGAAAGUGGGGCGACUGGAAACAAAUGCUUCAGGGUAGCUUUAAACACUGAGGUAUGCAGAAAGUGCAAGUUCUCACUGAUCUCAUCUCCUGUGCGAGACUCUGGGAUUACUCUGGACGAUCUGUAUGGAUCCUUUUGGCUGGUUUUUACAUUUUAAAACAAGAUGCAUGAAAAUACUGCAAUGCUGUCCCACUGGAAAGCUCUGGAAAAGUUUUGUGAACAAUUAAAUCUUCUCGUAAUUCUCCGUCAGUGUGGCGCUGAGUUGCUAAUGAUUGAAUUUUCACUGGCUGAAAUGUUCUUUUAUCAAGUCGUUUUCACUGCCUGGAUGCUUACUACCGUCAUGUCAGAUUGUGCAAGGCUCUGUCUUGAAUGCUUUUGCAUAUUAAUGUUUUAAGUUUUAUAUUUAUUUUUGUGAAUCUUUUGUUUUUACAGAUUUUGAAUAGAGGUUCACCUGUAAGUUACUGUAUCACUGGUCUACUUGUUUUCAUUUCCUCCUAGAUGUGAGAGUAGCAUAUCAGGUGACAGCGAUCUUAUGACUGGAACCUAAAACUUCGCAUACACUCCUGUAAAUCAACAAGAGUAUGUGAUGUCCAACAGACACGUUUUCUGUUCUAAGACAAUUAAGAUGGAAGAAGUUAUAUGCCUUAGAUUGACAUUUAAGUAGUUUAAAUGCAUAAUUUUCUCAAUACUUGAGGACGAUCGUUUGAGUUUUCGCACUUUAAGCACGUAAUUUUUGUGACUGAGUUAGAAACUUCAGGAGUGAAAGGGGACUGAAUGGCAUUGCAGUGUGCAGCUGACCUGGUGUUGGUUUUGUACAAAUAAAAUUAAAGCACUUAAAGUA